AUGGCUCCCCCUCCCCCUCCACAUUCCAGCCGGUCCGUGGAGAGCGGCAGUAAUUCAGGGCCGGGCCAGCCCAAGGCCAGCGGUCAGACCCAUAAGAUCUGUCUGGUGUGCUCGGACGAGGCCUCGGGCUGCCACUACGGGGUGGUCACCUGCGGCAGCUGCAAGGUGUUCUUCAAGAGAGCCGUGGAAGGUCAGCACAACUACCUGUGCGCCGGCCGAAACGACUGCAUCAUCGAUAAGAUCCGGAGGAAGAACUGCCCGGCCUGCCGAUUCAGGAAAUGUCUCCAGGCCGGCAUGAACCUGGAAGCGAGGAAAAACAAGAAGCUGAUCAAGAUGAAGGUGUCGCGGCCGUCCGGCUCCCCGGAGCCGGUCAGCGGCCUGCCCGUGCCGGUCAUCCCCCGGAGCGUGCCCCAGCUCGUGCCCACCAUGCUGUCCGUGCUGAAGGCCAUCGAGCCGGAGAUCCUGUACUCGGGCUACGACAGCACGCUGCCGGACACCUCCACGCGGCUCAUGACCACUCUGAACCGGCUCGGGGGUCAGCAGGUCAUCUCCGCCGUCAAGUGGGCCAAGUCGCUGCCAGGCUUCCGUAACCUGCACCUGGAUGACCAGAUGACCCUGCUGCAGUGCUCCUGGCUCUUCCUCAUGUCCUUCAGUCUUGGUUGGAGGUCCUAUGAGCAUUGCAACGGCAGCAUGCUCUGCUUCGCCCCCGACCUCGUCAUCAACAAAGACCGCAUGAAGCUGCCCUACAUGAGCGACCAGUGUGAGCAGAUGCUGAAGAUCUGCAACGAGUUUGUGAAACUGCAGGUGUCCUACGACGAGUACCUUUGCAUGAAGGUGCUCUUACUGCUCAGUACAGUGCCGAAAGACGGCCUGAAGAGCCAGGCGGUGUUUGACGAGAUCCGGAUGGCGUACAUCAAGGAGCUGGGAAAAGCCAUCGUCAAGAGGGAGGAGAAGUCGAGUCAGAACUGGCAGCGUUUCUACCAGCUAACUAAGCUACUGGACUCCAUGCAGGAGAUGGUCGAGGGCCUUCUGCAGAUCUGCUUCUACACCUUUGUGAAUAAAACCCUCAGUGUGGAAUUCCCCGAGAUGCUCGCCGAAAUCAUCUCCAACCAGAUACCAAAAGUCAAGGACGGGAGCGUUACCCCUCUGCUGUUUCAUCAGAAAUGA